CGAGCGUAUAAAUAACGGGCGUUGAUUUUAUCAGUUUACAUUUUAAUCAAAAUACAAUAUAAAAUUUAGAGUAUAUAAAUAGCAGCUAAUUAAUUUUGAAAAACUCGUAUAAAUUAAAAUUCGACUCGGUAUCCAUCCAUAAAAUAUGUUAAAAACUUUAGGUACGCUUCAGUCUAUCAUUGCUUGACAAAGCUUUACACAGUCUGUAGUUUAAAAUCUUAAAAUUAGCUGGAGAAAGAUGAACUGGCUGGCACUCGGUCUUCUGCUCCUCAGCGUCUCCUUUACGAUGGCUCUGGAGGAAAAUACACCUUAUAUUUGCGAUGGUAAGGACGACAGGGUCUGUGACCAGUUUCGCUGCAUGUGCCGGAGAAGGUCUACGACGAGAUCUGAUCUUUACUACCCGACAACCACUUAUGAUGAAUUUUGAACACAAUUAAAAGAGGCUUCCUACAAA